AGCAGGGUGUAAAAGUUAAUGGAUAAUGGCCUUAACAAGCUACAAGGUGUGGCUAUUCAUAAGGGUAUACAUGCUAAAAUUCUAUGCAGCAAAUUGGACAAAAAGAUACUUAUGCACAGGAUCUUAUGUAAGAUUUUCAACAUUGAAGAUUGUCCUUUACUGUUGAUAGCUGCAAAAUGAAAAUGUUGCUUUCCAAGACAUUCCUCCUUGUUGUCAUAUUCGCUGCUUUGUGUGUAUUUGUUCUACGUAUCAAAUUGAUUGAUCGCCGUGGCUUUUAUGACACCCUACAACAUGCAGUGGUUUACAAACACAGAAAUUCUAUGGUGAACUUUAGUUGUGGACUGAAAAAUCACAAUGUCUCCCUUCCACUGAAUGAAAAAGUUGCUGCACAGUUGUACGUAGAACACAGCCAUAAAUUUAUCUAUUGUGAGGUGCCAAAGGUAGGCUGUUCCAAUUGGAAAAGAAUCAUUCUUCUUCUUAAUGAUUCAUUGGGGCAUACAAUAAAUGAGCUUGAACAUUAUAAUGUUCAUUCAUCACCUUUGCUGACAAAAUUAAGCUCAUAUUCCUUAUCCAAGCAGGAAGAGUUACUCUCCAAUUAUACCAAAGUAAUGUUUACCAGGGAUCCCUUGGAGAGGGUAGUGUCGGCAUAUAGAGACAAAUUUCUUCACGAUGAUGAUGUCUACUACAGUGAAAACAUGGCUAAUUCUAUCAGAAAAAGACUUAAAACCAAACACAAAGGCAAAAUUACUUUUAGAGAAUUUGUCACUUUUAUUACUGUAGAAAAUCCAGACUAUAGAGACACUCAUUGGAGGCCAACGUAUCAGCUUUGUGAUCCCUGCAAGAUCUCCUAUGACAUUAUUGGCAAGUAUGAAACCUUAACUCGGGAUGCAGAUUUUGUUUUGAAGACUAUCAAUGCACCAAAGAAUCUUAAAUACCCAAGCAUGAAACAUCACUCAAAUGACAGCCGUACUAAUGAAGAAAUUACUACACAGUACCUGAAAAUGCUACCACCCGACCUUUUUAGACAACUUCUUAAUGUUUACAGUGUUGACCUUUUCAUGUUUGAGUAUGAUCACUACACGUUUUUUAAGCCUAAAACAUUCAAGAUAAAAUAAAAUGGGUAAAGGAAGUUUUAUAUAUCAAUGUGUGUGACAUUGUUGUGUGACACAACUAUUUUUGGAGCAGAUUGGUGGAGUAUCUACUGUACAUCAUUAAUGUAGGUUUGUUGACCAAGCCUCAUCAGGCUUAGGUUCACAUGAUCACUUUAGUUAAUAAAGGCUAAUAUUUCAAGCCCUACCCACUUCAUUAGCCAUAUGUGUACAAUUACACAAAUAGCUGCAAUAACUCAAUGCAACAAACAAUCAGAGCCAUCUACCAUCUCUAAACUCAGUGUUAAAAUAAGGAUGUUUACUGUAAAUGUAUGCAGCAAAUGGCUAGAUUCCAUUCACAGCACAAUCCAAGUGAAGGCUGGUUAUUUUGUUUUAUAGGACAGAUAAAAGUGGAAGGUUGUCUGGCUGAUCCAAUGAUGCCACAGGUCCUUUCUCUUCUUCUGCGGUGGGUGAACCUUCCUCUUGGACUGAGUGGCAUUCACGCAAAGAUGUGUGAGGAGUAGUACAUUAAACCCAAGCUGUGUAAGAACUAGAGUUGCAACCAGUUGCGGCUGGUAUAUUUCGGGGGAUGGCAAACAAUACACCCACAGUGAGCAUUCCCCCCCCCGUGGGUCAUUCGGGUCAGGUCACCAGCACCCCCGGUUGGUCGAUGAGUCCCGCACUUACCCUCAGACAUCACUUCCCUCCGGGCUGCCUCCACGUCUCCUCCCUCCUCCUCUCUCCUAAUUGUGGUUCAAUAGGAUUGCUUGUCCUUUUGGCCAAUUGGGAAAUGGGUCUCAGGACCUGCUUCCUGAUUGGUGGGGAGGAGAUUCGGUGUGAAAAAAGCGAAUAUUCAUUCGCUAUUGUCACAAAAUUGGGCAGGCUCGGAGCACAAAGCUCUGCACCCCGUGCCUCUGGCUCUAAUCACAUUUUUUUGAAACACCCCUCCAAUUGGAAUCCAUGCAUCUGGCACCCCAAAUGUAGAUUGGGGGCUGGACGCAUUAUUGGGCGGGGAGUGGUGCCCGUGUGCCCCUAAUGGACGGGCCACCACUGGUUGCAACCCAGCAAGUAAAAUUACUACAUAUUUUACAUUAAGAUGCUGUGUCCCAAAUUAAUUCAAUACAGAAUGCAGUUAGUCACAUAUUUAGAAAACUGAUGCCUAACAUACACAAACUAGUACAUUAAUUAUUACCCUAGAAAAAUUGUUGAGUACUCAAAGAAAAGGCACAAUAAGUGCUUUUCUUAAAGUCAAAUUCCCUUCAUAAUUGCUUUCUGUAAUGCUCAAGACAAGUUUGUCUAUUUUUAUUGGUGAUAGAGGGGUAUUGUUGUUAUUUGUGUGAUUUGGAUUAAUACUAAUAAAGAUAUGUUGUACUUAUUUAA